UCAACUGAUAAAGCAUCCGACUUUGCUAAGAGAAAGAGAGCGUGAAACAAACGUCUUCUCUUCCCUCUACGUCUACGCCAUCACUCACACAAACUACAAACAAAGGAGAAAAAAAGAAGGGAAAAAUGGGUGAUUCAAAGGUUGAAACGAUCUCCAGAUUAGCUCAAUGGAAGAUCGACAACUUUGGUCCUUGUUCCUUCAGAAAAUCCGACCCUUUCAAGCUCGGUCUUUGGAACUGGCACUUGUCUGUAGAGAAGAAUCGAUAUUUGUAUAUUCGUUUGUUCCCUGAGCCAUCUCGGGUGUCUAAGGAGCAGCCUCCUCAUGCUAAAUUCGUACUUCGGAUCUCAAAUGUUGGUGUUAAUCGUAGACUUUAUAUCUCCCCAGUUCAUGAUAGACCACUGCGAACAUGUGACGACUUUUGUUGGCCUGUUGAUUUUAUGUUCCAUGGUCGCUUCAUUAUUGAUGUCGAGUUCCUGGACCUAAGGAUCUGCCCUAUAAAUGGUGGUGAAUCUGUUUCCAUAUGGCCCGUUGAUGGAGCAAUGCAGUCUCUGUCAACUCAAGGCACCCUGCGCUGCCUUGCUCGCAUGCUUGAUGAAGGUCUUCAUGCAGAUGUUACUAUCCAGACUUCUGAUGGCACUCUAAGAGCACACAAGGCGGUUUUAUCCGCAAGUUCAUCCGUUUUCGAGAGCAUGUUCCAUCACAACCUUAAGGAAAAGGAGUCAUCCACAAUCCAUAUAGAUGACAUGUCCCUGGAAUCUUGCAUGGCCCUUCUCAGUUACUUGUAUGGAACGAUAAAGCAAGAGGACUUUUGGAAGCAUAGACUGGCGUUACUGGGAGCCGCAAAUAAAUAUGACAUUGUAGAUUUAAAAGAUGCUUGUGAGGAAAGCCUGUUAGAAGACAUCAACUCGCAGAAUGUCCUUGAGAGGCUGCAGGAAGCUUGGCUUUACCAAUUAACAAAGCUGAAGAAGGGGUGCAUGACAUACUUGUUUGAUUUCACCAAGAUUUACGACAUUAGAGAGGAAAUCAAUAGCUUUUUCUUGCAGGCGGACCGAGAACUGAUGCUUGAUAUGUUUCAAGAGGUGCUGACGGUUUGGAAACCGAUAUGACUUCCCUUUCGGUUUUAUUUUACCUUCGAGUUGCUGGUGAUCGGACAAGUAAGCGAGGCACUUUAUGGUAUAAUUUGAUGUAUAUUACUCGAAUAAACACCACAUUUUGUUUCCCGAUAUCUGUACAUAGGCCCGCAUGCUAAGGUCUUUUCGUACCAGAAUCGGUAGCUUGAGGGGUGUGUAACUCCGUGUAGUGACUGGUACAAAAACUUUGUUUGUAAGCAAUGUACGCUUUGGUUGUUGAGUG